UUGCCUUUACUUAUUCUAAAAGCAGGUGCCGUGGCGUGCACUCGUCUGUGUAUCUUGGAUAAUUUUGCCGCCAAUUGCACCGCAUAGUCGAAUAUUCUCGCGUGCUGUGAAUAAGAAUAAGUGCUGCCAAACGAAGCAUAUAAAUAACACGACCAUCUCUGGAUAGAACGUGCAAAUGGUUGUAAUUGUUAUGUAUCCAAAUUCGGGGGCAAUAGUUUCAAGUGUGGUUCGUUGAAGGUUUAGUUUAUUUGUGUGCUAGUAAUGCCAGGACACGCAAGCAGCCCAUACUGGGCGGCUGUAGACUUCGACAGCGAAGGGGAUGAAGACAGGAGUCCACAGCCUACAAAUCGAGUAUACCUUGAUCCGUGGGAUAACGAAGCAUAUGGAAUGAUACAAGGAGAAUCUCCGGACUCCAGUCAAGAACAAAAUAUGAAUUCCUUCGCUGGGGAACCAGUUAGUGCAAGUUUUUACUAUGUCCCAACAAAAACUUACGAUUCUGGAGAGGAACCGAAACCUAAAAGAGCCAUCUUCCCCGAGGAUGUAGUAACACCUGACUAUACUAUCUACAGCAGGAGAUCAUCCAGGGCUAUGGUACCUGACUACCACGAUAUGCCUUUAUACGGUUACAGGCAGGAACGCAGAAGAUCAAUGUACAUCGAAGAACCAGUAUAUGCACCACAUCCCAUGGUGUAUGAAAGUCUUUACGUGCCUGUGCCAAUGCAGCCGUACAUGCAACCCAGACCACGCAUGUCUCUUCAGCACCAACCCGACCAUUUAAUAGCAAAUAACGGCUACGGGAAGCAAAGACGGCAUUCACGGAUGACUGAAGCGUACGAGCAAUAUGCGUACGAAUCUCUGCCUCCCGAAUAUGAAGACUGGGCCCGGCCGAUGCCGAAGACGGUUCCUGACAAUUUCCACCUCUCCAGAUACGGUCAUCUUGAAAUUGACUAUUCGUGCAGUUGGAAUUCUCUUGAUCGAAUCAUUCGGAAUCAGUAAUUAUGAAAUAGAAAGGACGGUGAAAGAAACGAAUGGUCUCUUUUGAUGUUCAUACGAAGUCUAAGACUUUUAAUAAAUUUAUUUUAUUAUUAUUUUUACUAAAUAUAAGAUAAAGCGAAAGUCUAAAGAUCGUCACACACGAUGAAGAUACACGAUUAAAAUAUAUCUCGCAAUAUUCAGUGGAAUAUCACAUAGGACGACGAUAAUAAAUACAUUUUCAUCUUACAGUAUUGUAAAAUACUGAGGUAUAUGGAAAUUUUCUCUUAAGAUACGAUAUAUAUAUCGACCAUGCGUUUACAUUAAAGAUGAAUACGCGAAGUUUUUCAAAAGAAUGAAAGCCUAAAAGGGGUUCGUAUAUUGUCGUAUCUUAUCCUUGUGUGGUACCAUAAGGUAUUAUAAUAUUUAAUCUCAAGAUAUCGAAAAUAAAAUAUUAUAGGUACCUACAAUUAGCUAAUAUAAUUACACUAUGCAUAACUUGAUCGUGUGUGUCGCGCUUUAUUUUGGAAGCGUUUGUUUGAUAUUCUAUUUUUAUAAAGAGGUUUUCUUUUAAAAAUAUUGAGGCUUAUGAUAGUUUUUGACUUCUCAUCCGCUAUUUAUAUACGAUUCUAACGAUUAAGUAAUUUUUCAUGAUCGUCAUGAAAUUUUGUAUACGUUGUCGGGGAUAAGGCUACGUGACGUCUGCACGCUCCCCCUUAACGCGUCGGCGAAACUACGGACGGAAGUCCUAGUAAAUAAACGAAAGAUAUUUUUUUUGGUAAAACGUUUAUUCGCGUUUUAAUUAUAUAUAUUUUAUAACUAGUAACUAUACUAUUACGUAAUACUUUAUUAAUGGUACUCAUUGUUUAUUAAAUUUUUAUAAGACAAUAAUCAAUGUCGUGAAUUAUUGAAACUUAAUUUGUAAUUAAGUGUUUAUACAAAAUGGUAUGGAUUAAUGAACGCACUCGCCAAAGAAAAUAAAUAAACUAUAAUUGUU